GAUAUCUGUGAUAAGUUCGCCAAUUGUCAAACAGCUGUUGACAUAGGUAUAUUUCACAGUAAAGUUUAUCAAUUUCGUCAUGACAAAUUCGAAAAAUUAUAAUGUGUAUUCGAAGUGAACCUUCCUUUUCGGAACAGUUGAAAUUGAGAACAGACUAUCUGUCAGAGAUAAACUUUUGACAGAACGGAGUAACAGGAAACGUAAUUUUGGUUUGGGAUACUAUGAAAACUGUGAUAUUUUUUCUUUUCGUUUUUCUUUCUAUCAGUUAUGCUGUUAGCGAAAAUCAUUAUGUAAAUCAAUGGGCUGUAGAAAUUCAGGGCGGACAGGAAGAAGCUAAAAGAGUUGCUAAGGAACAUGGCUAUGACAUUGUAAAAGAGCUUAAACCAUUCGACAACCAUUACUUACUGACACAUAGAAGUGUACCAAGCCGUUCUAAACGCCAUGCACACCACCAUACAAGGAAACUAGUAACUGAUAAGAGGGUUAACUGGGUAGAACAACAGGAACACAAGACAAGAACAAAAAGAGGUUUGAUAGACCGUGAGACAUUUGAAAGGUCCUACCACGAAGUCAAAUUUAACGACCCUUUAUGGGAUAAAGAAUGGUAUUUGACAGACACGAGAACAGAAGUUAGCUUGCCAAAACUAGACUUGCACGUGAUACCAGUAUGGAAUAAAGGCAUUACAGGAAAAGGGGUGGUGGUUACAGUUCUCGAUGAUGGUUUAGAGAAGAACCACACAGAUAUCGCAGCUAACUAUGAUCCAAAGGCCAGCACUGAUCUAAAUGACAACGACGAUGACCCACAACCUCGAUAUGAUCCUACUAAUGAAAACAAACAUGGUACUCGAUGUGCUGGGGAAAUUGCUAUGGUAGCUAAUAAUUCAAUGUGUGGUGUAGGAAUAGCAUAUAAUGCCAAAAUAGGAGGUGUAAGAAUGUUAGACGGCAGAGUAACCGAUAGUGUCGAGGCCGAAGCCAUCGCUUUCAACCACAAAUAUGUCGAUAUUUAUAGCGCUAGCUGGGGACCAAACGACGAUGGACAAACAGUAGAAGGUCCUGGAAAACUUGCGCAGAAAGCUUUCGAAAUGGGAAUUAAAGAGGGGAGAGGGGGUAAGGGUGUAAUAUAUGUUUGGGCAUCCGGAAAUGGUGGUCGUCUUGGUGACAACUGUGACUGUGAUGGUUAUACCGGAAGUAUAUAUACCUUAUCAAUAAGCAGUGCCUCUCAAGCUCAACAAACCCCAUGGUAUGCUGAAAAAUGUGCCUCAACCAUGGCUACAACUUACUCCAGUGGUGCCUAUAGUGAUCAAAGAAUUGCCUCAACAGAUUUAAGAGGAACAUGUACUACAUCUCAUACAGGAACAUCGGCGGCUGCCCCUCUAGCUGCUGGAAUAUUUGCUCUUCUUUUAGAAACUAACCCUAACUUGACUUGGAGAGAUGUUCAACAUUUAGUUGCAUGGACAUCAGAAUAUUCAGCCUUAAAAAAUAAUGGUGGUUGGAAAAAAAAUGGUGCUGGAUUUUGGAUUAACAGCGCGUUUGGAUUUGGUUUGUUAAAUGCAGCUAGAAUGAUAAAUGCAGCAGAUCCUCAAGAAUGGAAGCAUGUACCAGAAAAAUACAUUUGUUACGUUACAUCCAAUGAUUUAUCAAAUCUACCUCAAGAUUUCCAUAGUAAACAGGAAAUAGAAAUUGCACUAAAGACUGAUGGUUGUAAAGGACAACCAAAUGAAAUCCGUUAUUUAGAACAUGUACAGUUAACUUUAACUAUGGAAUAUUCAAAGAGAGGAGAUCUAUCAAUUAAUAUAACAUCUGCAAUGAAUACCGAAACAAUGCUUUUAUCUGAGAGACCACUCGAUUCAUCAGUGAAAGGUUUCAAAAAUUGGAACUUCAUGUCAGUGCACAAUUGGGGCGAAAGGCCGGAUGGUGUGUGGAAAUUAAAAAUUAGAGAUGGAAAAGGAGCUAAAAACACAGGAGUUAUAAAAGCAGUUAAAUUAGUUUUACAUGGUACCAAAGAAUUACCUGAUCACGUGCACAGAGCAGGAGGUGCACGUAUCUAUGACAACAACUACAAUAAAGUUAUUGAUGAACGAGAGUUGUUACAUCCAGGAAUGAGAACAGGUUCUGUAGAAUCAAUCCUUCAUGAGUUUAAUGAACUGAUGCACAUUAAGGACACACGGGAGGUUUGGUGAUCCUACCAUCAUGGAUAUGGCCAAUAAAAAGACGAAAUCUC